GAAAGAUGAAAAAGAAAAAACAGUCCAUCUGCAAAAAAUUAGCUGUGUACUCUUAUUAACACAAUCAUGUAAUGCCACAUUUCGUAACGAGAAGCAGAGCCAAAGAGAAUGAUCUCCCAAAGCGUUCGACUGUUUGCAUUCCCAUGAAGAAACGAAGGAAAAAUUCUCAUCAUGGGUUUCUCCAAAGACAAUCUUAAAGGCCUUCUUCUAGCUCUCCUAUCAAGUGGGUUCAUAGGGGCAAGCUUCAUCAUCAAGAAAAAAGGCCUCCGAAGAGCCGCAGCUGCUUCUGGGGUCAGAGCUGGCUAUGGUGGGUAUUCUUAUCUCUUGGAGCCUCUGUGGUGGCUGGGAUUGAUAACAAUGGUUGUGGGAGAGGUUGCGAAUUUCAUUGCAUAUGCAUUUGCUCCAGCAGUGCUUGUUACCCCUCUUGGUGCAUUAAGUAUAAUUAUCAGUGCUGUGCUGGCUCAUUUUAUCCUGAAGGAGAGGUUGCACUGGCUCGGGGUUUUGGGCUGUGUAAUGUGCAUUUCUGGAUCGGUCAUAAUUGUUAUCCAUGCACCACAGGAGCAUCCUAUCACCAAUGUUCUUGAAAUAUGGAGUAUGGCAACUCAACCAGCUUUCAUGCUUUAUGUGGGCUCGGUGAUUGUUCUGGUUUUCAUACUAAUCUUCCAUUUUGUGCCACGAUGUGGGCAAACAAAUGUGCUAGUUUUUACUGGCAUUUGUUCAUUGAUGGGUUCUCUAUCAGUAAUGAGUGUUAAAGCCCUAGGAACUGCUCUAAAAUUAACUUUUGAGGGAAAGAAUCAGUUAAUCUAUCCAGAGACAUGGUUUUUUAUGUUGGUUGUAACUACAUGUGUCAUCACUCAGAUGAACUAUCUGAACAAGGCGCUUGAUACAUUCAACACAGCUGUCGUGUCCCCCAUUUAUUAUGUCAUGUUUACGACACUGGCAAUUAUCGCUAGUGUGAUAAUGUUUAAGGAUUGGGAUGACCAGAGUGGAGGAGCGAUCAUAUCAGAAAUAUGUGGCUUUAUUGUUGUAUUAUCUGGAACCAUCUUAUUGCAUUCAACAAAAGAAUUUGAGAGAAGCUCAUCCUUUAGAGUUAAUGCAGGUAGCUAUAUGUCUGUAUCCCCUUCAUUAUCUGCACGUCUCUGUAGUGGGAAUGGAGACUCAUUGAAACACGGUGAAAAUGAAGAGUCGUUUUCUGAGGAAAUUUCAUUAAGAAGACAAGAAUUGUACUAGAUCACACCUUCUUGGAUGAUGCCAUCCCAUAUCAUGUACAUACAGGAAAAGGAAAAACCAAGGUCAAUCCAUUCUUUCACCACUGCACUAAACGAUUCUAUACUGCCCUGUUUUAGUCAAUUCCACAUAUAAAGUGCAGGAAUCACCACAAGUUGUUCAGGUAGCCUUGUUAUGGGUUCUCUGUUUAGAAUAGCAAGGAAUGGAUUGACAUUGAUAUUGACUAUGCACACAUCAUGUACCGGUUGUUAAAGUGUUCUGGCUUUGAAUGUAAAUUUAUAUGGAAGCCUCAUAGUACACGCAUGAAGACCUGGAUUUUACUUUGUCAAGAUUAAGACUUGCCGGACUUGGUUCAUGAA